AUGGUAAUUCCAGGAGGAGGAGAAUAGAAUGAUUUAGAUAAAUUUGUAUUGAAACCAUCUCCUAAUAAAUUUAGAACACUAUCUACAAGAAAAACUAAUAUAAUUAAUGAUAGUUCAGUUACGCAAAGUAAAACUAAUCAUACAGAGAUUGUAAAAAAUUCACCCGUUGUGUAAGACUUGAGCAAAAAAAUACCAAUUAACAUGGCUAAGGAUAAAGAUGAUUUAUAUGCAGAAACUGUCUAUUUGAAAGAUAUUAUAAACAAGUUAACUUAAGAAAACUAUGAUCUAAAAGCAAAAAUGAGGUUUUUAAAUAAAAAUACCGAGCGAAUGUAAACUGUUGUGUAAAAUGUGGGAGGAUAUUUGCAAUAAAAAUACGUUGCUGACAAGUAGGAUUUAGCCUUGAUGACUAAAUUGGGAAUCAGUGAAAAUUUGCUAACUAUAACAUUGAAGAAGCAAAUCAAAGAAUUAAGAACUUUGAUUAAAUAGUAGAAUGAAGAAAUAUAAAAUCUGAAACAUGAUAUUAAAUAUACCAAAAUUUAAGAAUUAGAAAAAGAAAUUAAUGUAUUUUAGGAGGAGACUCUGAGAUUAAGGACAUUAUUAGAAUAAUCCUAAAGAAAUGAACAGAUCAUUUAGAUGACUCAUGAUUUUAAUUAAUUUGAGGAGAAAUUCUACAUCUAAAUGCAAAUCAUUAAUUCUCUAAAGCAGGAAAACUCAUUUUAUUAAGGUUAAAUCUCAAUUGAAUAGGAAGAAAAGUUUAAGCUCCAAAAUUAAAUAGACACAGAUCAAAAAGUUCUUAAUAAAUAAAAACAAGUGAUUGAUGAUCUUUAAUAGACUCUGAAAGACAAAUUAGCUUAUAUUGAUGGACUCUAACAGGAAUUAGAUGCGUAUAAAGAUACAAAUUAGAAUCUAAUUUAGAAAGCAAAUAAGUUAGAUAACAAUCAAUUAAGAAUUAUAGGAUUAGUAAAAAUAGAAUAGGAAUUAAGAAAGGAAUUAUAAUAGAAAACGAGAGAUAUUGAAUACUUAGAUAAAACAACAACAGAGUUGAAAUAAAAAUUAAAUGAAAAAUCAUCAAUGGAGGCAAAAAUUAAAGAUUAAUUAUAAGAAGAAUUGAAAAAACUUAAGUUAGCUUAUGAAGAACUGGAUGAGAAAUACAAACAUUUGUUACUCAUCAAUGCUUAGUCUAGGUUAAAAGAGACUGCACCAUCCAUUUAGCAUAAGUUGGCUCCAACAGCUGCUACUCUUAAUAUAAAGACUUAGAGACCAUUAAAUUAAAAUAAUACUCCAGAUAGUAUCAAUUAAGACAAAAAUUAAUAAUAACAAAAGUUUAAGGUUAUAAAAAAAGAUGAUGUAGAUCAUUUAGGACUAGAAUUAAAUUAUAGAUUAAGAACUAAAAAGAUAACAUUACCUGAUGCAAUUGAAAGAUAUUUAUUUGAUAAUAAAAACAAAAAGACUGGAGAGAUUAAAUUAAAAGAGAUCUCGGAAAGAUUAUAAAGAGAGCCUUUUUUAUUAAUUGAUGAAGAUUCUGCUUUAUUGGUUGCUCGAUAUCUCACUGAAGAUAAUUCUUAAGAAUUCGUCGUUUACAAUGAUUAAUUGGCCUAAUCUACAACAAUCGUAAGAAGCAUUUUGUCAAAGUUGGUUGGGAACUUUGAAAUCAUGACAGCUGAUAUUGAAACUUAGAAAACAAAGGAAAUAACUCAAGUUAUUAGCAAAUAUAAAAAUAGUUUGAAAUAAUAUUUCGAUUAACUACCAAGUAAAUAUGAAGGAUUACUAGAGAGAAAAUAAAUAAUUGAAACAUUUGAAUAUAUGGAUAUCGAUUUAACUCUUGAACAAUAUGAUUUCCUAUUUUUGAGAUUAUUCUCCUACUCUAAUAACACAUAAAUAUUCCCUUAUAUAAGAAUAUUUGAAAUCUUUUAAGAAAUUCAAAUAGAGAGAAUUGACAGUGACAAGAAGAAGAAGUCAAGGAAAAAAGACUUUAAAGAUUAAGGAGAUAAUAAAAAUAAGAAAGUAGAAAUAUUUACAAGAAGAUAAUCCAUGGAAUUAGGAAAUUGA